GUGAUAUUGUUAUCAAAAUAAAAUAAAAAUGAAAUUUACCAGGAUUGACUCUACGAAAAUGGUUCACCAUGUUUUAUAUGAAUCUUGGACGGUUCAGAAUCAUUUGGCAUUCUGCUUCUAUAUUAGAGCUCGCGGUUCUCUAAUUGCUUAUUCGGAAUAGGUUUUAAACUUAUAAUAUUAUAGGAUUCAUGUACAUAUUUUCUCUGAAAUUUUGUGGAUUACUUGGCGUAGUGGGGGACUUAUUCAAACCUUGAAGGAUAGUGUUAUGAUUUCUUUUUCUUGUUCUGUUAUUCCUUGAAUAAUGCUUACAAGUUGCAUAUGCAUAAUGAAUUACAUACACAUAAACUUCAUGUAUGAGUUACAUCUGAAAAUGGUUAUGCAUAUUUUUGGUCUUAUACACCUACAUUUAUACUUCUAUAAGGAAAUGGUAUAUUUUAGAAAAUGGUAAAGCGUGGGGAGAAGAAUAAAAGGUGACAAAAUAUUCAAACCAGUUUUUUUUUGAAAAAGACGAUGUCAGAGAGAACUGAAACUGUUCUUAACAGAGCAACCAUGAAAGAUGUAUGCGUGGGGCUUCUUUCUAUUUCCAUUUAUACUCUCUUUCCCCACACCUGCUCUUCUCUCUCCUCAGGUUUCCAUUUUUGGCAACCAAAAAGAUUGCAUAUGAUAACAUAGCCAUCACCAGAUCCAAACAUCACAUGCUUUAUCUCUAUGUAUAUAUGAGACAUGGUUAUAGAAGAGAGAGACCAAGAGAAGAGCUAGAUGGAUGUUUCUUGUUUCCAUGAAUACCCUUUUGAUCUUCAUUGCAGAGAAGCAUUUAAUGGCUUUGGAGAAAACAAUGCAGUGGAGCUCUCUAAUAAAAGAAGCAUGCUGAAGGAGAGUGAUGAAUUCAAGAAGAAGAAGAAGAAGCAGAGAGGUUCUUCUAGGUUUUGUAGUAGAGGACACUGGAGAAUCUCUGAGGACUCUCAGCUCAUGGAGCUUGUUGCCCUUUACGGUCCUCAAAACUGGAACCACAUUGCAGAGAAGAUGCAAGGAAGAAGAACAGGCAAGAGUUGCAGAUUGAGGUGGUUUAACCAGCUAGACCCAAGGAUCAACAAAAGAGAAUUCAGUGUUGAGGAAGAAGAGAGGCUACUUGCAGCUCACAGAGCAUUUGGCAACAAAUGGGCUAUGAUUGCUAAGCUUUUCAAUGGAAGAACAGACAAUGCAUUGAAGAAUCACUGGCAUGUCCUCAUGGCAAGAAAGUUGAGGCAGCAAUCAACUUCAUACCUCAGGAGAUUCAAUGAGUCUUCUUAUAAUCCUACUUCAGAUCACAAAACCUUCACUCUUCCUCCUGGUUUGUGUCUUCUUCUUACUCUAUCUAGUAUACAAUGUUUAAGCUUCAUGUUUAUGCUGAUGAUGUUGAAUACGGUAGAUGAUGGUGAAGAUAUGAAUUUGGUAAAGAAGAGCUGGAAAACGCUAAAAGAAGAGUAUACAACUAACCUGAAAGCUCAGUAUCUGCAAGAAGAGUAUUGUUCUUUGCGCAUGCCAAUGCAGGGCCCACAUCAUCACUGCUCAACCUUCCCUGCAGAUUCCUUGGCACUGACACUGCAUGUCUCCAUCCAGGAACCAUCACUGUCGUCAUCAUCAUGUGCAGAACAUAGAGUGGUGGCCAGAUAUUUUGAGACCACCAAACCUCCAGCUUUUAUAGAUUUUCUUGGGGUCGGCCACCACCAAAGCCCCAAGAUUUAGUGAGAGAAAGAAAAGACUAGGAGCUAACUAAGAACUUGAUUACUCAUGUCAUUAUUACCAGAGUCCUUGUCUUUUGUAAGCAAGUAACCAUCAUCACCAUGUUCUAUUUAUUGAAUUUCUUAACCAAAUUUUGAAUAACAUAUUGCAAAAUGAAACACUCAGCACAUAAUUGAAUUCUAAGAAUGGAAAGACAAAGGUAAAGAAUUAAGGACCAAAUGUGUAAAACUUAACUAGCAUGAGAAACACACACACUCAUGCAUUCUGAGUGGAAGGAGAAUAACUAACUAAAACCACACUUUCACACACUGUUCUCAAGUAGCUGGAAACUCUUAACACCAUACAAUUUCGAUCAUCUGGGUGUAUCAAAUCUUGAUUACUGAUCUUGGUCAAUGCUUAUGAGGAUUCUUUUGUUAUACCCAAAGACAGAAUUUUUAUCGCAACCCAUUGUUCGCUUUCUCCCGGCGGUAAGUCAGAACAAGUCGCCGCCUUGCCUUUGUUACUGGAGCGUAGCGUUAACAGGAGAGAGAAGAGAUUCAAUCUACGUCCGCGCAAGGUGUUCGUUUGAAUGCCGCAGAGUAAGUAGCUUUGCCGCUUCGGUUCAAUUUCGGUUAAUUCGGUUCGUUCACUAUUCCACCGAAUGAAUUGCACUGAAAAAAAUUCAGACCGGUUCAUUUUAAUUUUCCAUGGUUUCAAACUUUUUCAAUUUAUAAAAAUGUACCAAGAUAGCUUCUUUUUUUUUUUCGGUUAGAUAUCAAUUUUCUAAAAAAAAUGAAUAUUUUCAGUUAAAAUUCGAUUACUUCGAUUACAACCUGUUAUUUUUGAUUAGUUUGGUUGAUUCAUUUCAGAUAAUAUUGGUUAGUCGGUUGUUUUAUUUUUUUUUAAAGAUUUUAAACUAAACUAACCAAGAAUCAAACUGAACC